GUUUAAGAGGGUUUAAAUAAAUAAAUAAAAUAAAACCUCCAACAUACAAGAAGCUGUUAUUUGCAAACCAAUUGAAAUCAUCAUAUUCUUAUUAUUAUAUCAACUAUGGCUAAACCUAGGUUUGGUAAGAAACGACCAGGAUUUAAAGGUUCACAAACAAAUGAAUCAUUGAAAAAGCGGACCCGAAGAAAUCAGUUUGUUCAACCUGAUCCUCCUUCAUCUCCAAGUGGUGAUGAUUCAGAUGCUUCACCUGAGAAACAAACGGAUAUCGUUUCAGAAGAAGAACGAGAGGAGGUGCCUGUUUACAAAGAACCAACAAUGUAUGAUAAUUUGUUAAAGACACUCGAGUCAACCAGUGAAUCAAUUAGCGAUGCUUAUAAGAGGAGACAACGUGCAGAAGAAGGUAAAAGUGACACAGAUGAAGAUGAGGAAAAUGAUUUAGAGUCUUUAAGUGGUUCCGAAGAAAGUGGGAACGAAUCCGAAAGUGGAUCAGAAAGUGGCGCUUUGGACUCGACUGAUUUAAAAGGAGAUGGUUUGGCAUCCAUGGGAGAACCUAUCGAAGAUAAUGCUUCCGAUGGUAAUGCCGAUGAUGAUGAUGACGACGACGAUGAGGCAUCUGAUAUGGAUGGACAAGAAUUCAUGGAGAAUGAUCUUUCACUUUCAAAAGAUUCAGAAAGUUCAAGUUCUUUCUCUACUCACCUUAACUACAAAUUAUCGGUAGAAGUGACUAAAAUACUCUCAACAAAUAAAGCGAAGUAUAAAUGGAAGGCUGAUGCAGCUAAUUGCAAGUGGGUGGCAACCAAAGAUCUGUGUUUAGAGGAUUCCUACUCGACUCCUCCUUAUGGUCUAAAUCCUAAGUUAUAUGACCAUUGGUUGCAUAAUUACAAGGCUUCAGACGUGCAUGAUUUUUAUUCAUCAAGAUCAAGAUCAUUCUUCUCUCUUUGUAACAGUUAUCGGGAUAUAUUGCACCACAACAAAAAGCCAUUUUAUCUUAGAGGCAGGGAAGAAGACACAAGUAUCAUGGAUGCCUACUUGUUACACUCGCUAAAUCAUGUAUUUAAAACAAGAGAUCUCGUGACAAAGAAUGACCGAAAGUUGGCAAAACUAAAAGAGUCGAAGCCUGAGGAAAUUCUGGACGGAGAUAAUUUCCGUGACCAAGGAUAUACUCGUCCUAAGGUAUUGAUCUUAUUGCCAAUGGCAAGCAUCGCAUACCGAGUAAUCAAUAGACUGAUUCAGCUGACCCCUCCAGGGAAUAAGGUUAAUGUAGACCACAUUGGUCGUUUCUCUGAUGAUUUUGGCUCUGGGAGGUCUGACGGCCAGGAGGAAGAAGAUGGAAUUUCCAAAUCAUCAUGGAAAAAGUCAAAGCCAUCAGAUUUCCAGGCACUAUUUGGAGGGAAUAAUAAUGAUCAUUUCAUGGUCGGCAUCAAGUUUACCAAGAAAACCAUAAAGUUGUAUAGUGAUUUUUAUACAUCAGACAUGAUUGUUGCUUCUCCUCUUGGUUUGAUCACCAAAAUUGGGGAGGCUGAAGCGGAAAAGGAAAAAGAUGUCGAUUAUCUGACUUCUAUCGAGGUGCUGAUUGUUGAUCAUGCAGAUGUCAUAACUAUGCAGAAUUGGUCCCAUGUGAAUACUGUUGUUGAGCAGUUAAAUCAUAGACCGUCAAAACUUCAGGGAACUGAUAUUAUGCGCAUAAGACCAUGGUAUUUUGAAGAACAAGCUCGGUUUUAUCGACAGACAAUUAUUUUAGGAUCUCAUGUCAAUCCAGAUAUUAAUGCUUUGUUCAACAACCACUGCCUCAACUACGAGGGAAGGGUGAAACUGUUUUGUGAGCACAAAGGUGUUCUUCCAAAAGUUUUGCUUCAAGUGAGGCAGAUAUAUGAGCGUAUUGAUGCUGAAUCAAUAGUUGAUGCUGAUGAUGCCCGUCUUGAUUACUUUAAGAAAAAGGUCUUCCCAAAAAUUCAAGAUUCUGUGCAGGGUGGUAUCAUGAUCUUUAUUAGUUCUUACUUUGAGUUUGUUCGGGUACGGAACUUUUUGAAGUCCCAAGAUGCAUCCAUGUGUCUGCUUGGAGAGUACACAAAACAAAGUGAUAUAUCCCGUUCACGUGUUUGGUUCUUUCAAGGAACGAAGAAGAUUAUGCUCUACACCGAGAGAGCCCACUUCUACCAUAGAUACAAGAUUCGUGGUAUUCAGAAUUUGAUUAUUUACUCUCUUCCUGAGAGGAAAGAGUUCUACCCCGAGAUUGUUAAUAUGCUUGAAGGGUCUCAUAGCAUGAAUUGCACAGUCCUCUUUUCUCGCUUUGAUCUUCUUCGGCUGGAGAGAAUUGUUGGUACUACCCCGGCAAAAAGGAUGGUGACAUCAGAUAAGCGUAUCUUCACGUUCUGUUAGUUAAAUCUAUUUGAUAGACCGUCGACAAUAAGAUAUAUCUCAAAAAAAGCUAUACCUACAAGAGAAUAUAGCGGUUGGAUUCUAAUGAGUUGGUAUGGGACCAAACUGAAUUUCAGAGUGACAAUACUUCAAUUGGAGCUUCAAAAGUACAUGUCAAUUCUUGAGAUUUCUUUGGAGAGAACAAAUUUUGCUUCAUUAGAGUGAACGUAGAAGUUUUUAAUAUAUUUUUUUUUUCUUUUUUUUGAACGGCAAAUGUAGAAGUUUUAAAUAUUGCUGCCAAUAUAAAGUGGUUUGCCAUUUGAACUAUGUAAUACGGUCAUUUAUCAUCGUUAUUAAUUACAAUAGUGAAAUUUUGGAA